AUGGCUGCUCUCGCCACGGGUUUCUGUCUCUCUUCAGUCCUGUUGGUUAUAUGGGUUGGCGUCUGUUCUCCAGUCUGUGUGGAAGUCCCGUCAGAGACAGAGGCUGUCCAAGGAAGUCACAUGAAGCUACUCUGUAUCUCCUGCAUGAAGAGAGAAGAGGUUUCUGCAAGCACCGUGGUGGAAUGGUUCUACAAGACUGAAGGGGGGAAAGAUGAGCUGAUCUAUGAAUAUAGAAAAGUAUACCAUGAAUUUCCAAGCCGCUUCAGUGGCCGGCUACAGUGGAACGGGAGCAAAGACAUGCAGGACGUGUCCAUCACUAUAUUAAAUGUGACCUUGAAUGAUUCGGGGAUCUACACCUGUAACGUCACCCGGGAGUUUGACUUUGAGAUUCAUCGCCCACUCUUCACAAGCUCCAGAUUGAUCCAUCUCACUGUGGUAGAGGAGGCUGGAGAAGAUUUCACAUCUGUCAUCUCUGAAAUUAUGAUGUAUAUUCUCCUGGUUUUCCUCACGUUGUGGCUGCUGAUAGAAAUGGUCUAUUGCUACAGGAAGGUCUCCAAAGCAGAGGAGACUGUACAGGAAAAUGCGACUGACUACCUUGCCAUUCCGUCGGAAAACAAGGAAACCUGCGCUGUGCCCGUGGAGGAGUAG